UUCUCCUUCCAAAUUAACAAACACUCCACCAACUACUCCCCUCUCCCCAUCUCCCCAUUUCAAAAACAAAUACACACAUUCAUCAAUCCAAUAAAAGAGCUAGCUAACUAGAGACAAAAGCAAGAUCAUGUAUUCAAAUAUGGAGAUUGCUGCUGCUAUAAUGAACAAGAAACAAUCUUGUGUUGCACCACACUCAAAAUCCUCCACAACAUCCUCCUCAUCCUCUUCACUAGGCAUGCACAAGAGUUCUCAGAUGAUGUCCAAAGGCAGGCCUCCUAAAAUCCGCAUCAUUCACAUCUUUGCACCAGAGAUCAUCAAAACCGACGUGGCCAACUUCAGAGAGCUCGUCCAGAGACUCACUGGUAAGCCUUCCUCCCAACACACCACCGUCGGUGCAGCCAAGAAAAAGAGACAGACAAGGACCAUCAACUGUCCUGCACUGGCGGUGCCUAAGAAACUCGAGAUACGGACAGGGUUCAGGCCGGCUGAGCUGAGGGAGAGGAUCAAAGGGGAGGAGGAAAUAUGGGGAGGGGCUAACUCAGGUGGUGGAUUCCUAGGAGGUUUCGCCGAUUUGGAUGGCUUUAUGCAAGAACUCAAUGCUUUUCCAAUUCUUCCUCUAGAUGCUUCUCCCAUGGAUGCCUUUGCAGAUCAUCAAUCUCAGCUUGCCUAAUCAAACACUAAGACUAGAUGAUCCAAUCUCUUCAUCUCAUCUAAUUGCUGCUACUGCUAGAGCUAUGAUUCAUUUAUUAUUUAUUUAAUCUUUUAAUUGCUUAAUUUCAUGAUCAUGCAUGACUGAUCAUUGUAGGACAUUUGUAACUUAAGUAUCUUCUUAAUUAAUAGUAUCUUCAUUCCAGAUUC